AUGGCUCCUCUUGGCGAAACGAUCGCUGUGAUUGACAAGUCUGGUAAGGUGGUGAGCACGAGCAAACACCUGUUCGGCGUGUUCAGUCAAGCCAAGAAUGCCUACCGCGAGCGCAAAGCUCAAUUUCAGUCGGAACGGAACGCCAAGAUUGCCGAGAAGGAGGCACUGAGGGCUCUUGAGAACUACCAUAUCGAUGAUGCGCCUUCAGUCGCAUCCUCUCGGAGAAGCCGUUCACGAUACCACUCAGGCCGCAGUCACUACGCUCGUGAACCAUCGGUCUAUGAAGAAGAUGUGCAAUGGCAGGAUCCUUAUGCAGACCCAUAUGCUGUUCGACCAGGCGAAAUGGUCCGCCGUCAUACUACCCAUGACGUCGCCAUGCGUGGACCAGAGCGACCAACAACCAGCCGGUCCAAGUCCGAUGCUCAUGUCGACAUGGAUCUAGCAUACGGCGACUUUCACCCUUCGGCCCUGGAGAAAGUGCCACCACCCCCCGAACCACAAAACCAGCUCCAGAGAAUUGAGAACCCGGAACUGAAUACUCUUGUGGAUCGGGCGCAGUGGCUCUUAGAGGAAGCUGACUGCAUGCAACAUACCGCGACCGCCACGAUCGCACAUCUCCAGAAGAACCCAGAUGCCAUGGCUGCUGUAGCGCUCACCUUGGCCGAGAUCAGCAACAUUGCCACAAAGAUGGCGCCGUCCGCGCUCUCGACCCUCAAGGCUGCGGCCCCUACGGUCUUCGCCCUGCUUGCAAGCCCACAAUUCUUGAUCGCAGCGGGUGUUGGUAUCGGAGUCACAAUCGUCAUGUUUGGCGGCUACAAGAUCGUCAAGCAGAUCCAAAACGCCACCACCACUACCCCCAACAGCCCCAUGAGGGCAGCGGCCGCUCCAGAGGAAGAUCCCGGCAUGGAUGACAUGAUGGAGUUCAACACAGAAUGCCUAAGCACUGUCGAGAUGUGGCGGCGCGGCGUAGCAGAUGCCGAGGCCGACAGUGUUGGCACAUCUGUCGAUGGAGAGUUCAUUACACCCAAAGCAGCCGCAAUGUCAGGCAUUGAUGUGACUACGGCACGAAUGUCACGGGACCCCCGAUUCAAGUUCGACGAUGAUGAUCAGUCGAUGGCAUCCUCUCGCAGAUCUCGUCGAUCACGCAGCCAUCGAGAAGGCUCCCGAGCCAACCACCGACCAGAGUCGCAUGUCAGCUCGAGGGCGCCUUCCAAGGUUUUCUCUAAGGCGCCAUCGAAGGCCCCGUCAAGGGCGCCCUCAUACGCACCUUCUAGAGCCGAGUCCCGUUACUCAGACAUGGAGCCGAAGCCAAAGGAGAAGAAGAAGCGAUCCAGCCGUUUGCGUUUGAUGUUCACUGCUUGA